AUGCUAGUCUCCUCUUCUCUCGAAGUCGACAAUUGCAGUCCAGCUGCAAUAGACGACAUUGAAGAGUUAGGAAACGAUCCCGAACUCGCGAGUCAAACGAACGUGCGACAAAGUUUCCGAAGCGUUGCUGUGAAAUCUUUCCGCAAAAGAGGCACUCCGACUGCGGGCGACGCCGAGAAGAAAGUGGUUCAGGAAAGCUCCCCUCUUCCUGCGGAGAAUGAUCACUUUCUGCCCGGAAGAGCUACUGUUUUUGUCAAAACAUGGGGCUGCGGUCACAACAACAGCGACGGGGAAUACAUGGCAGGGCUACUCGCCGCCGAUGGAUAUCAAGUUGUGCUUGAGGACUCUCUUCGUGACCAAGCAGACUUAUGGCUCCUCAACUCCUGUACAGUGAAAGGCCCGUCCGAGCAGACGUUUGUUAAUGACAUUCGCAAAGGCAAAAACGCGGGCAAGAAGGUGGUCGUGGCGGGCUGUGUUCCACAAGCCCAGCCGAAAGGGAAUGAGUGGGCAGGAUUGAGCGUCAUUGGGGUGCAGCAAAUCGACCAAGUCGUCGGAGUCGUGGAGGAAACGCUAAAGGGCAACAGCGUACGGCUGUUCAAGGAGCGAAAGAACCUCGAGGACGGGAAGAAGAGAAAGGCGGGUGGUGCGAGAUUGGACUUACCGAAAGUGCGGCGGAAUCCGUACAUCGAAAUCAUUCCCAUCAACACUGGCUGCCUCAACCAGUGCACGUAUUGCAAGACAAAGCAUGCCCGAGGGGAUUUGGGCAGUUACGCUCCGGAGGAGAUCAUCGCACGUGUAGAGGCUGUCAUGAGCGAGGACGUUCAGGAGAUCUGGCUGACGUCAGAAGACACCGGGGCGUAUGGUCGCGAUAUAGGUGUCUCCAUCGUGGACCUAUUACGAGGCAUCGUCGUUGCGAUGGACAGGCAUUCAAAUCAGACGACAAUGCUGAGAGUCGGGAUGACGAAUCCUCCCUACAUUUUGGAACACCUGGAACACAUAGCGGAAAUUUUACGGCAUCCCCGUGUCUACUCAUUCCUGCAUGUACCGGUACAAGCGGCGAGCAAUAAAGUUUUGGACGACAUGCGACGAAUGUACACGAAAGAGGACUUCUCGCGCGUCGUCGAUAUCCUGAGGGAGCGAGUACCAGGCGUGACGAUCGCAACCGAUAUUAUAUGCGGUUUCCCAACGGAAUCUGAAGACGAUUUUGAGGAAACACUGGAGCUGUGCGCAAAGUACAAGUUUUCGGUGCUGCAUAUUUCCCAAUUCUACCCGAGACCGGGAACGCCUGCUGCCCGCCUGCCUCGACUCAGCACUGACGUGGUGAAGAACAGGUCGCGGAAGCUCACCAAGCUUUUCGAAUCGUAUACAACCACGGCCGACAUGCUUAACUCCUACCACGAGAUUCUGAUUACAGAUCGGAGCGGGGAUGGGAAGAAUUUUAUUGGACACAAUAAGGCGUAUAUGCAGGUGCUUGUCCCUGCGGGAGGCCACAUCAUGGGCAAGAUAGCGCUUGUGCGGAUCCUGUCCGUUAGCAAGUGGAGUCUGAUGGGUGAAGUCGUUCGAACAUUGAAGCGCUGGGGCGAUGGGUCAGACGGAACCCAUGCUUCCACACCCGUGCCAACUGAGCUCUCAGCCACAGCAAGCGCCACGAAGGGUGUCCCGAAGCUCGUCCGAAAGGGGCGUGAGAUGGUUCGGAUCGAGGCUGAAACUGAGACGGAACCAGAAGCGAGGGCCGGCGACGGCACGGAAUUGAGUCUGGGAACCUCCUUCGUCACACGGCCACCACCAACACCAGCCCAAACAACCAAUCAGUGCUGCGGCGAUAGGGAUUUCUGUUGUAGCGGGUCGUCGACUGCGGACGUCGAUUGGCAACCACCACCAUCACGCAGAAAGGCCUCCCCAUGGGUUGUCGGGUCGGUCGUGGGUGUGGCGGUCGCUGCUCUCGGAUACGUGGCGUUUGGCAAGCCGGAUGUGAGGAGAAGCGUCCGGAUCGCUGUUGCUGUCGGUGUUGCGUCGAUAACCUGGGAAGCGCUGGAUCGGAUGGGCUGGAGUCAUGGAAUGUUUUCUCGCCGGCGGCGGUGA